GCCUCUGAUGGUACGACUGACUGAUCGUCUGCUCCUUGCGAAAGAAAUUGCUAUCGCUUGGUCGUUUGGUUACAGUUUUGUUUCGGCAUCGAAAAGUCGGUGAGCCAUGGCGCGGAAGAUAGAAGACGUAGGCUUCAUAGGCGCCGGAAACAUGGCUCAGAGCAUCAUUGCAGGCAUUAUGGAAGCGGGUUUGCAGGCCAGACAUGUUUGGGCCAGCGCUCCGUCGGACAGAAACCUGAGGCUGCUGAAGGAAAAAGGCAUCAACGUCACUAACCAGAAUGCCGAGGUGGCUGGAAAGUGCAGCAUCAUCUUUAUCUGCGUCAAGCCCCAUUUUGUGGACCAGGUGGCGGCAGAAAUCGGACCCCACGUCUCCUCCCGCCACCUCGUGAUCAGCAUUGCCGCUGCAGUGAAGACGUCGCAUCUUGCCAAAGUGCUGCCUGCCCACUGCAGGAUCGUGCGCUGCAUGCCCAACACGGCGACGGCGGCGAAGGCGGGCGUGUGCGCACUCUGCCGUGGCCCGGGUGCCGACGCCGAAGACGUGGCGGCGGUCAAGUGCUUGCUCGGCAGCGUGGGCCUUUGCGAGGAGGUACCCGAAAACCUCAUGGAUGCCGUGGGCGGGCUCAGCGGCUGCGGGCCGGCCUACGUGUUCUUGGUGAUUCAAGGCAUGGCCGACGGCGCGGUGAAGAUGGGUGUGCCACGGCAGCUAGCUCUAAAGCUUGCUGCUCAGACGGUGAUGGGUGCCGGCAAGUUGGCCCUAGAGAGCAAGCUUCACCCCGAAGAGCUCAAGGACAAUGUGUGUUCUCCCGGCGGCACGACCAUCUACGGCGUCCACUGCCUGGAGAACCGGAGCACGCGGGGCGCCUUCGCCGAGGCAGUGGAGGCCGCCACCAAGAGGGCCCAGGAGCUCUCGCAUCGGCUGGAAGCCAAGGGCGAUUGAACGGGCACGCACCAUCAGCCCGUCGGCGAGUCACAGGUCAACCACACACAGUCCGAUCAAAUGUGGUGUCACAGAAAUAAAUUAUGGCGGUUGCACAA